GCUCAGGCGGCAGGCACAGAAAAAAUGAAGGGGGCACUGUCUUGACUAGUUGUUGCUGUUGUUGUUCUUUCGAGGUUGUUUCUCUUGGCAACGUGUCGCUUGCAGGCUGUCGGUGGAAAACGUAAACACGCACCAUAUGUUCUGACUGACGCUCGAAAUCCCUUGCAGCUUGGGCGGUCAAUCGGCUCCUUCGUCGCCACUUAUUUGCAAUGAACAAGGCUGAAGAGAAGGACCUGGUCAGACUGAAAACCGCCGAGGCAACGGCAUGCAUUCACCUCCAUGGUGCUACGCUGAUAUCCUGGGUUUACAAGAAAAAGGAGCUGAUAUUCGUGAGUGAAAAAGCCAUCUUCGACAACAAGAAGGCUAUCAGAGGGGGAAUUCCCUUUGUUUUUCCCAAUUUUGGACCAUGGAGCCUGGGGCCUCAGCAUGGCUUUGCAAGAAUUACCAGAUGGGCUGUACACGAGCAACCACAUGCGGUUGCAGAUGGCGGCUGUGCUGUGACCCUGGUGCUCGAGGACUCUGAGGAGACGAGGAAGAUGUGGAACUUCAGGUUCCAGGUGCUAUACACAGUCAUCCUUAGAAAGAACAAUUUGGUCCUUGACGUCAAGGUGACCAAUACAGGUGAUGCAGAGUUUGCAUUCACGGUCCUGCUCCACACAUACCUGAGGCUGAACGAUGUGAACCAGUUCUCCAUAUCAGGCCUGCGAGGCUGCCCCUGUAUUGACAAGGUGAAGCAGGGAGAGAAGAGCCUGGAAUGCGAGGACCAAGUGCGCAUCAAGGGUGCCACAGACAGAGUCUACUGCAAGACGAGUGACACCCACACAUGCAGCAUGGCAGGCAAGCCUUGGGUCAUCGUCAAGACUGACAACUUUCCGGACACUGUUAUCUGGAACCCAUGGGUCAGUGGGGCAGCUUCCAUGGCCGACUUUGGCGACGACGAGUACGUCAAGAUGGUCUGUGUUGAGCCUGGAUAUGUGUCCGAGCCUAAGAAGCUACCUCCAAAGCAGACCUUUGAGGCUUCAGUCACGAUGGAGGCAGUGGAAUAGCUUCAUCCGCUCGAAGGACCUGCACACAUUCUAGUUCCAUGUUAUCGGAGAUGUGAUAGCUUUUGUUUCUGAUUCCUUUUUUAUUUGUGAAUAUAUAUUUAGCUUUCAGGGCUAGUGGAAACACUUUAGAAUAGCAUCUUUUAUGCUGCUGCUUUAUUGACCGAGGUUGGUUACAGUGAGUUAGCAGUUUGCUGCUAACUCACUUUGCUUUUUAUUGGUCUUAGUUGGAUUUCUCAUCUGUGAUUGGAAAUACUAUUUACAUACCUCGUCUUAGCUUUUUGUCAAAUAGAUCCUGCUGUUACAUGAAAUGUUCUUAUGUGGAUGUAAAUUUAAUAGCCCUUUUCUUAUCGCCACUUGUCACAGUCAUAGGCUUGGUUGCCAGGAUUGCAAUCAACUUUAAAGAACUAUACUAUAUUAUCGGCAAAUGAAAAGUGACAUGAUGAAACACCGUGAAACACAAAGAUGAAGGGAGGCAAAACAAAAGACGAAGUGCCGACUGUUAGUUGAAGUUUAUUGGGAAAACCCAUAGAUGCAUAAGAGCCCUUCAUUCGUGCACCCUGGCACUCAGAAAAGCAAUAAACAAGCCAGAAAAAGCAAAGGCAGAAAUUAGUACGUACUACCUGAGAGGAAAAGCAUGUCUUUGGAUUGUCACGUCAUCAAGAUUGAAUGCUACAGAUACGCAUACUUAUAAAUUUUUCCAGUCAACAUUAGUUGAGUCAGCACAGUGUCUUGUCUGUUGCUUCUGUUCGUCUUUGUCUCACUGUUUCAUCAUGUCACCACAUCAACUCGGCUAACUGUUUUCUGUGAUAUGAAACGGUGCAUCAAAAUUGUUCAUGGGCAGAAGCCGAUGGAGCUGCCCACAAAACAAAGCUUCAGUGUCUUUGGAGGUUUAACAUAAAUCAGAAAGACACGUCUGUUUGCGAGAAAAACAACAGUGUGCACUGAACCUACUGGUUUUCUCUCUUAUCCUGCCAGUUACCUCUUUUGUAACAACUAAUUAUUAGCAUAUUGCAGUGUUCAUUUAUACCUAUGUCCAAUUCCAUUCUUUGGAUUUUAUUCUGCAUUUAUUGCCAUAAACUUUUAAAACACCACCGCAGGAGUAAGUAUGUGCGUAGUAGUUGAGAAACUGCAGCGCACCGCAUUUUAUUUCUGCCGAGUGAGAUAUUGAAAUAUAUAGUAAGUUGCAGAAGUUGCACAAGGGAGAAUACACAAGUAUUUAUUCUUUUGUCUUUGUCCCGGACAUGCCUUGUUUAAGGUUGUGGCCCCCAAGAUUUUCAGAUGUGCCACUCAUUCGACUCUCAAGUUGAAUAGAAUGUACAGCCGCGUCCACGUCUGUGUAGAGCGUGCAAGCAGAUGGCCUUGCUCUGCGCCCCGCAGUGCAGCAGUUGCGAGAUCUGAAGCACUUUGCCCAGGAGCAUGCGCGGCCUAAUAUACAUGCAGACCUGCAUUGCACGAGUGGCAACGUUGAAAUGGGCCGUCGUUUUACCGAAUAUGUACGCUUCCUAAGGGCGCUCUCGGUAUCUCCAUGCCAAAAGAUUACGCGUUUCAGCUGAUAACACGCACCCGACUCUCACAACAAGCUAUGCAUGCUUUCUGGCUGUUCCGAUUACGCGGUGAUACGAAAAAAUGAUAACGCCAACAACAGUCUAAAAAGAAAAUCCAGGCGUUAAUUUUUUGAUGCCGUCUUCUGCCUGCCCUUGGCGCUUAUAGAUGAUGCGUUAUUUUGUAUUUUGGCUCAACAUUAUUUAUUACAGGACAUGGCAUGUUCAACCAUUGCCGAAGAAGAGAAGCUUCAGCCUACAGAUAACGUUUCCAUAAGGGGCCUUGUGUUUGAAACUUUGCCUCCUUCCUGAAGUUCCCCAUGUUAGGCCGCUGCGGACUACUUCGGAUCCCCAUCUUUCUGUGGCUCCCUUGUCGUUCUUUUGAGAAAACUGCAUUAUGCUCAAUACCAUAGCCAUUAGAGCAGCAAUGACCGCUUCAUUAGAUCAGUAAGGUUACACGACGACUUGCACUUUUUAAAAAUAAACGUAAACCCUGUUGGUUCAAUUCCCUUUCGGUAGCCUACAUUUGCUACUUUUGCUGUGAGUGCUUCAUAUCAUGCAGCUUUAUGUUUGUUUGAUUAUCAGCUGCAUUGAUACUCAUGAUGCAACAUUCCUGUGGCACUUAAUAAGAAGGCAAAGUGUAGUAUCAGCUAUUUGUGCCCUAGGGCAAAAGAUACAUGACACUGUGCUAAAAUAUCUCGGCAUCCACUUUGGCCCAGAAUGUAUAUUUUGGGAGACAUUGGCUUGACCUGUUUCAUUUGUAUGUUUUCUACUUAAUCGCUGUAUUUUUUAUACCUUAGUGCAUGCAGAACUCUUAUGCAUAGUGUUCCAUGAACUUCAGCGGCAGAGAUAUGGAAAGUUGGUCUGUUGAUGCACACAGAAGGGAAAAAGAACAGCACAAAAGAUUGGGUGAAGUGUAGGAUGUGUACAUGUGUAGAAUCAAAUAUCUGACUGCCCAAAGAAAGGUACUAGUGACAUUAUAUCCUCUGUGUCAUGCCUUUAUGUUACUGUUGAUAUACAGUAAAAUUGAUUGUUGGUAGUACCGUGUUUUUUGUCCUACAAUUAGUUACGUCUCUUUUUCUUUUUAUUACUUUGAAAAUGGCACUUAACUUGAAACACCUGAUGACAUUGUUCCAAGCAGACACUUGAUCUUUCUUCAGUGCCGUUUGCCCAUCCUCAACAAAUUUGCUACCUAUAAUUAUGAAGCCCCCUCAUGAAACUUCCGUUCACGAAUAUGUUCAAAGUCAUAUUACUACUUGAAUAAAGGUAUAUUUGUA